AGUAGAUGCUAGAUUACCCAGACAGCGGCAGCUGCAGCGUCACCCGUGGAUGCUGCCCUCCCCCUCAAACACAGGAAAAGCACAUUUCACACCACAACCCGGAGCCACAUUUUCACAUCACUCUUGCUCUUCGUUCAACUCCAAUCCAAAAGUUAUCACGUAAACAAUGGCACAAGAGACUACCGUCACGGAUGGUGAUGAGGCGACUCAGGUCCAGGUUCUGGCUGGCGCGCCAGUCGAGGAGAAACAAGCCGAGGGGGAGCCGGUGAAGAAGGAGAACGGGGACAGUAAGGUGACCGUCGCCGAGCAAAGCCCCGAGUGCACGUUUGUACACCCAGAAGGCGGCUGGGGAUGGUUGGUCAUGCUCGCUGCCAUGUGGUGCAAUGGCUCGGUGUUCGGGAUCCAGAAUGCCUUUGGUAUCCUCUUCCUCUCCCUGCUACGGGAGUUUGGCUCCGAGCACGAUGAUGACCUGCGCUUUCGGACAGCAUGGGUGGGCUCACUCUCCAUGGGGAUGAUCUUCUUCUGCUCUCCGAUUGUGAGCGUCUUCACUGAUAUUCUCGGAUGCAGAAUUACCGCUGUUGGUGGGGCCGCUGUUGGCUUGGUUGGCCUCUUGGCCAGCUCUUUUGUCAAGUCUCUAGGCCCCAUGUAUUUCACCUACGGCAUUGUGUUUUCCUGCGGCUGUUCCUUUGCCUACCAGCCCAGCCUGGUCAUCUUAGGCCACUACUUUAAGAAGCGCCUCGGCUUGGUGAACGGCAUUGUGACUGCUGGCAGCAGCAUCUUCACCAUCACCCUUCCCUUUUUGCUCUCUGGCCUCCUGGAAAGAGUGGGGCUUCAGAACACCAUGCGUGUUCUCUGUAUCUUCAUGUUUGUGCUCAUGUUGGCCGGAUUCACCUAUAAGCCUCUGCUGCCAGUCAAGCCAAGAAGCACAAGUGGUUGUCCGCCCCUUAGCCAGAUCUUCAACGUCAACAUUUGGAAAUCAGUGGGAUAUCGCAUAUGGGCUUUCGGGAUUCCAGCAGCCCUUUAUGGAUACUUUGUGCCUUAUGUUCAUCUGAUGAAGCAUGUCGAGGAGCGCUUCGGGGUGGACUCCAAUAAAGAGGUUCUGCUCAUGUGCAUUGGCAUCACAUCCGGUUUCGGACGUCUCAUCUUUGGAAGAGUUGCUGACUAUAUUCAUGGGGUCAACAAAGUCUACCUGCAGGUGUCGUCCUUCCUCGUUAUUGGCCUCAUGUCUAUGAUGAUCCCACUUUGCAACAUCUUCGGAGGGCUGAUCGCUGUGUGUCUGCUUAUGGGAAUGUUCGACGGCUGCUUUAUCUGCAUCAUGGCUCCCAUCGCCUUUGAGCUUGUCGGAGCCGAGGAUGUAUCCCAGGCCAUUGGCUGUCUCCUGGGCCUGAUGUCAGUGCCCAUGACUGUGGGACCCCCAAUCGCAGGUUUCCUCAGGGAUCGACUGGGAAACUACGACCUGGCUUUCUACCUGGCAGGCAUCCCACCGCUCAUUGGAGGAGCUAUGCUGUGCCUGAUCCCCUGGGUGGAGGCCAGAAGCAAGAGAGCGAAAGAAGAAGCGCUCAAAGACGUCAACCAGACGAUGUUGAAUCAAGGGAAGCCGAAGGAAGAUGCACAACUAAAAACCGGAGAAUCCAUCCUCUAAUUCUCACACAGCAGGGAUGUGGUUGAGACACAGUAUGUGUGCAAUGAGUAACGAUCCUAAUGAGUUGCCUUGAAUAGGAGAUCUGAAAAUGCCAAAGGGAAGAAAGAUUUAAACAUGAAUGUGAUCACAAUGAACUAUGCAAUAGGAAGUCUUGAAUUCUGGAAAACUGCUUUCGUCUUGAAGGGAAACCAAAAAGAAGCAGUGUGAUAGCUGCCAGUUUUUGCCAUCCAUUUUCCGUUGUAGUUAAAGAUGGAUGACACACCCAAGGUGUGAUCCUUAGUGUGAUCACAAUCACCUUUUUUGAGUACAUGCAGGAUUUUACAAUAUUGCAAAGCGAGGUUUGUGAGAAGAUAGUUUGGCUUGCCUCAAUCUUGCUCUCAACAUGGAGUCAUUAACGUAAUAUUACACAGGGUUUCCCAAUAAUUUUUCCUAUAUCAUGUACGGCCUUUACAUUUUCAGAGAGGAAAAUAAGUAUUUGAACACUCUCCUUAUUUGAAAUCAUAGGGGGGUCUGAAAUUUUCACGCGAGGUGCUUGUCCACUAGGAGAGACAUAAUCUUAAAAAAAAAAAAAAAAAAAAAAAAAACAUCACAACUUAGUGUAUGAUUUUUUAAAAAACAAUUUUAUUUGUAUGAUACUGCUGCAAAUAAGUAUUUGAACACCUGAGAAAAUCAAUGUUAAUAUGUAUUACAGUAGCCUUUGUUUGCAAUUACAGCGGUCAUACGUUUCCUGUAAAUUUUCCACCAGGUUUGCACACAUUGCAGCAGAGCUUUUGCCUCACUCCUUUACACAGAUUUUCUUUAGAUCAGUCAGGUUUCUGGCUAGUUGCUGAGAAACACUGAAUUUGAGUUGGUGAUAAUACACACUCAGCAGGAAAACAGUACAUUAUUUUCACUGAAUUAAACUCACCUGGAUGCCACAAACUUUAUGUAAAAAGGUUUCCAAGAGUUUAAGACGAUAUUCACCACGCUAACGCUACAAGUUACAUUUAAUGUGUGAUGAUAACUCGGCACAGACCUUUAAAGGCUAAAGCAACAUGGCAUAUCUAGCCAAGAUAAGAAAACAAAACUUACCAAGCAGCACAUGCCAUGUGUUUCACAAAAGUCUGGACCCUGGAGAGGACACACGCUUAUUCACCGGCUGGUUAGUAAGUGUGUGGGGCGGGGGGGCACGUCACACGAGUGAACUGACCAAACACUGCGAGCUAACUACACAUACAAUAAGAAAAUGUCACACAUUGUGAACAUAUGACUGAAACUAUAGCCAAUUUUCAUCUGCUUCACGUCUCGUCCGACAAAACCUGGCAUCCGUCUUGUUAUGUUUUAGUCUCUCAAGACACGUUUUUAGCUCGUCACAUCAUUGUCAUGAAAAAGUUGUUUGUUGAAGAAAUAUUUUCGUUGACAAAAACAACGCUCUUACAAAGCCACUCCUUGUUUAUCCUGGCUGUACGCUUCGAGCCAUUCUCAUGUUGAAUGACCCAGGUUUUUGCGGCUCACAAUUCUAGCUAAUGGGCAGAUGUUCAAAUAUUUUUUAAAGCAGUAUCAUACAACUAAACUGUCCAAAAAAAAAAAAAAAAUCAUACACUGUGAUUUCCCACUGGACGAGCACAUACGAUGAAAAUGUGACUCCUCAUUUCUAACUAGAAGAGCUUGCAAAAUUGCAGGGUGUUCAAAUACUAAUUUUCCUCCCUAUGUAUCUGACAAUGUACCACACAGACAACAUGACUAAUUGCCUAAUUGAUCACUAAAAUGGUUUACUAGCAUACGUGGAGUUAAAGGGGGGGGCUGAGGGGGCCAGGCCCCCACUGGUGGCCGAAAAGUCAUUGCAUGUAAUUGACUCGCCUAUAUAUGAUUUUAAAAUUAAGAGUUUUCCGGUAAAAUGUUGUCUAUAAAAGUUGUAAAGCAAUAAAACAACAAAAAUGAAUGAAAAAACAUUUCUAUAAUGGUUCAAAAUUAUUUUUCGAAAGAUCAUGUGACUAGUACCUUAGGCAAGGCAAGGCAAAUUUAUUUAUAUAGCACAAUUCAACACGAGGCAAUUCAAAGUGUUUUACAUCACAUGAAGAUCAUAAAAAUCACAUUUAAAUCAACACAAUGUAAAAACCAAGACAGAAGAUCGCAUUUAAUCACAGAAUAAAAAUAAAUAAAUAAAAAUAAAACAAAAAUAAAACAAAAACUACUACUAAUAAUAAUAAUUGAAAUCAGCAAUGGAGAUAAGCACAAGAGGAAUAGAAAGCAGGUAGAUUGAAAUAUAUAGACAGUUAUGGAUAUGCAGUGCUAAACAAAAGCGUUUUUAGCCCUGAUUUAAAAGAGCUAACAGUUUGAGCAUACUUCAGACGUUCGGGUAACUUGUUCCAGAGGUGAGGAGCAUAAUAACUAAAUGCUGCCGCACCCUGCUUGGUUCUUGUUCUUGGAACAUGCAGAAGACCGGUUCCAGACGACCUUAGGGGUCUAGAUGUCUCAAGUCAAGCAUGUAUUUUGGUCCAAGGCCAUUAAGUGUUUUGUAGACGAGCAGUAGUAUUUUAUAGUCUAUCCUUUGACUCACUAGAAGUCAGUGUAGCGAUUUCAAAACCGGUGUAAUGUGGUCCAGCUUCCUUGUAUUUGUGAAGACUCUGGCUGCAGCAUUCUGUACUAGCUGCAACUUCCUGACUGAUUUUUUAUCAAGACCUGUAAAUAUACCGUUGCAAUAGUCCAAUCUGCUGAAAAUGAAUGCAUGCAAGUUUUUCCAUGUCUUGUUGAGUCAGAAGCCCCUUAAUUCUGGUUAUAUUUUUUAGGUGGUAAUAAGCGAAUUUAGUGACGGACUUUAGAUGGCUAUCAAAUUUUAGGUCUGAGUCAAUAAUUAUGCCAAGGUUUCUGACUUGAUUUGUAGCUGUAAGUGACAUUGUGCUAAGUUGGCUGCUUAUCUUUGACCUUUCCUUUUGUGGCCCAAAAAUGAUCACCUCUUUCUUCUCCACAUUUAACUGGAGAAAAUUCUGGCACAUCCAUUCAUUGAUUUGAUGAAUGCAUUUGCUCAGGGAGACUAAGGGACUAUAAUCAUGUGGGGACACAGAAAUGUACAGUUGUGUGUCAUCUGCAUAGGCGUGAUAGAUGUCAUUCUGUUCCAUUAUCUGAGCUAACGGAAGCAUAUAGAUGUUAAAUAAGAGUGGUCCAAGAAUUGACCCUUGAGGGACUCCACACGUGAAUUUGGUUCGUUCUGACUGAUAGUUUCCGAUUGACACAAAGAAAUCCCUAUCAUGUAAAUAGGAUGUGAACCACUGAAGAAUAGUGUCAGCAAGCCCUACCCACUGUUCCAAUCUGCUGAGUAGUAUGUUGUGAUCAACCUUGUCAAAUCCAGAUUAGGUUUUUUUAGGAGAGGUUUUAUUACUGCAGUUUUUAAAGUUUGAGGAAACUCUCCUGUUUGGAGAGAAGUAUUUAUAAUCUGAAGUAUGUCUGGGGCUAUGCAAUGAAAAACAGUUUUGAAAAAGUUCGAAGUAAGGAUGUCAAGGCAGCAUGUUGUGGGCUUUAAUUUCGACACAAUUUCUGUUAAAGUGGCAUAGUCCAAGAGGCUAAACUGUCUAAGAUUGACGUGGGGGACAUUUUGGGAGGCAUUUAGUGUAACAUUUGUUAAUCUGGAGUUGCACACAGUCUGUCUAAUCUUUAGUACUUUGUGUGUAAAGAAUGCUGCGAAAUUAUUACAGGACACCUCAGAUGCCAAUUCCUGAGGUAUUGAUGCUUGUGGGUUUGUCAGUUUGUCAACAACAGAAAAUAGUGUGCGAGUAUUGUUGGUGUUUCUACUAAUGAUCUCUGAAAAAUAUGACUGUCUAGCAUUUUCCAGUUCCUGGUUGUAUUUGCGAAGACUCUCUUUGUAGAUAUCAUAAAAACUAGGAGUUUGUUUUUUCGCCAUCUGCGUUCUGCUCGUCUACAAACUUGCUUUUGUUUUAUAGCUAGUAUGGCAUUUCUCCAGGGUGACCUCUUCUUUCUUGACAUAGAUAGUCACUUAGAUAGUCAUUUGCUUUGCUUAGCCAUGGAUGGGCCAUGUUUUAAAACUUCGUACAUAACUACAUCACCAAAACACAGAAUUCAUGCAAAUCAGUACAGCGCAGUGGCUUUUUUUUUUUCUUUGAUAGGGGUAACUACUGUUAUAUACUGUAUAUUCUUGUAAGUUAAUUUUAUUGCUGACACUGCGUUUCGGGGUCAUCAACAUGUUGUGCCCCCCCCUGCCCCAAAGUCAAACUCCGCCCAUGUUUACUCGGUCUGGGAAACCCUGCUUUUACUCAUUAAGGUUCUUAUCAUUAGAUUGUUGGACUUUAAAAACACAUCGCAACAAGGUAGCUGCUUUUAAAUGCAAUGUCAACUUUGUCAUAUUUAACACAUUGUGUGUGACAAUAUACUGACAUGUAAAUCAAUCAUAAUACUUUGUAUCCCAAAAGGUUAUCGAUAUGCUCCAGCCAAGAAUCGAUAUAUCGUUUUAGAAAUGUGUCACUGUUUGGAGAAAUGGGAACCAACAAAUUGCUGCCAGAAUAUUCCACUAGAAUAGUGGCUGUGUUAGCUCAUUGGCUGUUAUUGGAGGCGAUAGAUGUCCAAUCCAUUUUGAUGCUGCAACAAGACAUGAUCCAAAACACAGAAGUAAAUCAACUUCAGAAUGGUUUCUGAACAACAAAAUACACGUUCUGGAGUGGUCAAGUUGAAGUCCAGAUUUGAACCCCAUUGAGAUGCUGUGGCAUGACCUAAAGACAGCGAUUCAUGCCAGACAUCCCAGGAAUCUGACUGAAGUACAGCAGUUUUGUAGAGAAGAGUGGGCCAAGAUUAGUCCUGAUCGAUGUGAAGGACUGAUCUGCAGUUACAGGAAGGGUCUGGUUGAAGUUAUUGUUGCCAAAGGGGGGGCACAAAAUAUUAAAUGUGAUGGUUCACUUCCUUAUUUUCCCCCUUCUGUCAUUGUUUACAUACUAUACUCAUUAAAAUAUGAAAACCCAUAAAUGUUUGGGUGGUUUUAGUCAAAGCAGACACUGUUUUUUCAUCUGUGUGAUUAUGACAAAGAUCAGCUCACAUUUCAUGAUGAUUUUAUGCAGAAAUGGGAGAAAUUCCAAAAGAAUCAGACACUUUUUUCUUACCACUGUACAUCGAUUCUUGGUGGGAGUAUAUCGUUAACCUUUUGGGCUCCAGAGUAUCGCGAUAUAUCCCAUGUUUUAUAAUAUUGUCACACCCCUAAUUAACAGACAAGCCUACAGAGUUUUUGAAAAGACAAAUGAGGAGCAAACCUCCGGCUGAUAAGUUUUUAAAAAUUGCAAUGAGGUAUUUUCAGAUUACCUCUGUUUUCAAUGAAACGUGCCUCUUUGGUGUGUUCAUGUUUAUUUGUGUAAGUGUAUUAAAAGUGCGCUUUCAAAGGACUUUCGCACGAUUGGGAGAGUGACCCUUUUCGACUCAAAGGUCAGGUUAAGUCAAAUGAAUCAUUAGCUCAGUGCGCAGUUUACUAAACGUCAGUGGGAUUCAGUUUUAUUUAUUUCUGUGUUCUUGUGCAAAAUGCUGUAAUUUGUAGGCAUUUGCUUAUUUACUAGACCAUUUGUGCUUUAAUGACUGAACAACGCUAAUGACCGCAUGAUGUACCAAUCAAAGAAAUCGCUUGAUUAUUUGUAUGUUUUUGCUUAACAAGCAUGUGGCACAAUUACCUCAGAUGUGAAAAAUAGAGCCACACAUCCUGACACGUCCGUCCAUACAUCAAAGUCAUUGUAUAUGUUUCGGUCUCGUAGAAAUGAAUCUGACAAAUUGUCUGAAUCCUUUACAUCUGUAGUGUUUGCCUAUUAUGAACAUUUUGCUGUCUUAUCAUUUUAUCAUGGUAGUUGCCUCUAUUCAGGUCAGUCAUUUCCGUCGUGUUGACUAUCGUGUAAACCAAUGGGACAACUUGUUUAAUUGCUGAAUGUACAUAUUUGCUUUUGCUAUGCCAUACUCGCUUGCGCAAAGUGUGCGUACUUUUACAAAUCUUCUUGACAUAUGAUCCAUGCCACCCAAAGAGACGACAUGAGUGUAAAAUGUAUAUAUUUUGUGUUUCUUUGCAGUAAUUACUUACAAAGUGCCUUAUAUAUAUUAAAGCCUUAACUUUUCAAGCAAUUUUUGUGUUUUGAAAGAUGUCCUGAGACAUGUUAUGCUUUGCUGCUCAAUGUUUUGAAGCAUUUCUGAUGAGCUUUAUACAUUUUAUUGCUUAUGUAUUAUUUCUCGUUGGACUAGCUGCAUUGAUCUAAGCGAAGACCGCUACUUCCGUCCCUUUUAUCGAGUCCAACUUGUCCUAAAGCGGUCAGAUUUGACGGUUGUUGGCUCUGCUAGGUUAUGUGCCUCCAGAUUCCAAGUACAAUUGUAACGUCAUAUCUGCUGAAGGAUGUCACAAUGAAAUGUAUUUCAUGAGAACUGUUAUAAAAGAGUUCAGUAUUUUC